CAAACUGACAGGGCAGAAAAGGGCGUUUUAAGCGGCGACACUUUCCUUGAUGGAGCAUAUAAUAUAUGUAUAUCCAUGUAGCUAUAGUAUAUUUUACUACUGUUUUAAUAUCACGUCUGUGUGAAGGAUUUUGCUUCAGCCCGUUGGUAGACGGGCAUCGUACAUCGACACAGGGAUGUGUCCGUAAACCGUAAAUAAACAGAAAAUCGCUUGGUUUUUUCCUUCAGAAAUUGGACCAUUCUGCUCAGAAAAGGGUGAGUUGGAGGUUUGUGGAGAUGGGCAAAUAUCCUGAAUCAGGUGAAACAUUGAACGGGAGUCCAUCGUUGCUCCCAGUCAGCACUGCGGAGCCGGUGAAAGAAGGGAUGCAGUUGAAGAAGGAGAUCUCGCUUCUCAAUGGCAUCAGCCUAAUCGUGGGAAACAUGAUUGGCUCGGGCAUCUUCGUCUCCCCCAAGGGCGUACUCAUCUACAGUGCCUCCUUCGGCCUGUCGCUAGUCCUCUGGGCCAUCGGAGGAAUAUUCUCAGUGGUUGGAGCACUUUGCUAUGCUGAACUUGGCACCACCAUCACCAAGUCGGGUGCCAGCUAUGCCUACAUCUUGGAGUCCUUCGGCGGCUUCAUCGCCUUCAUCCGCCUGUGGACGUCUCUGUUGAUCAUCGAGCCGACCAGCCAGGCUAUCAUCGCCAUCACGUUUGCCAACUACCUCAUCCAGCCGCUCUUUCCCAGCUGUGAUCCGCCUUACGCUGCUUCCCGUCUCAUCGCUGCUGCUUGUAUCUGCUUUUUGACGUUCAUAAACUCGGCUUACGUGAAGUGGGGCACUCGCGUCCAGGACAUCUUCACCUACGCCAAGGUCAUAGCCCUGAUAGUCAUCAUCAUCACUGGCAUCGUGAAACUCUGUCAAAGACACACCAUAAAUUUUGAGGAUUCCUUUCAAGGCUCGUCCUGGAAACCUGGUGACAUUGCCCUGGGCCUCUACUCUGCACUUUUCUCCUACUCCGGCUGGGACACGCUCAACUUUGUCACAGAGGAGAUAAAAAACCCGGAGAGAAAUCUGCCUUUGUCAAUCGCCAUCUCCAUGCCAGUCGUCACGGUGAUCUACAUCCUCACCAACGUGGCUUACUACGCUGUCCUGGACAUGGGGGCUAUUCUUGCGAGUGAUGCUGUUGCUGUGACGUUUGCUGACCACACGUUGGGCGUGAUGAGCUGGACCAUACCCAUAGCUGUGGCUCUCUCCUGCUACGGCGGUCUCAACGCUUCCAUCAUCGCCGCCUCCAGACUUUUCUUCGUGGGCUCUCGCGAAGGCCACCUUCCGCACGCCCUCUCGAUGAUUCACGUGCAGAGAUACACUCCCAUCCCUGCUCUCCUCUUCAACUGUGCCAUGGCGUUGAUCUACCUGGCCGUGGAAGACGUCUUCCAGUUAAUCAACUAUUAUAGCUUCAGCUACUGGUUCUUCGUGGGUCUGUCCAUUGCUGGGCAGAUCUACCUGCGCUGGAAGGAACCGGACAGGCCCAGACCUCUCAAGUUGUCUCUGUUCUACCCCAUUGUAUUCUGCUUCUGUACUGUGUUCUUGGUGGCCGUGCCCCUCUACAGUGACACCAUUAACUCUCUCAUCGGAAUUGCCAUCGCCCUCUCCGGGGUGCCCGUCUACGUACUCGGCAUCUAUUUACCAGAGUCCAAAAGGCCACCCGUCAUCAAAAAACUGCUCCGUUCCCUCACAUACUUCACGCAGUUCACCUGCUGCUGUGUGCUCACAGAGAUGGACAAGGUGGACUAGGCCUGCGCUCUGCCAAGCACGCUGUACACUCACCUUGGGGAUCCAGUAACCUUUGUAGCUUUCAGUUCGUCACACUGGUGGCAGUGCCUGCAGACUGAGAAAUGUCUCCUCAUUAUCCUACGCAUCGACUUCUCCAAAGGUCUUUGAACGUUUCAGGACUUCAUGCCUUAGCAGGAGAUGGUCAGAUCACCAUGUUCAGCAGUGGCUGGCUUCACGCAGCUUCACCUUCGGGGUUUGUUCCAGUGACAUGCAGUGUUGUUGGGUGCCGCUGGUCGGUGCUCGGCUUUGGGGAACCACAAACAGUAUGUACGUGUGGCCUAUGGUGCUGGCUAAUGCACCAACUGCCACCAGGGGUCACUGUGUUGCGGAUUACAGUGGUACCUCGGUAUACGUCCGCUUUGGAAUAAGUCCAACUUGGUAUAUGUCCUGUUUGGACGCAAAAAAUUUUGCUUGUAUUCGACCUUUGUUUGGAAUACGACUCGCGUGCUACAACUUGUAUGGGUCAAAAUCAGUCAGGACACCGCGCACUACCCUUGUUUACCUCUCGAGACAAAGCCAUGACUGCCCAUCAGCGUCAGUACGCCAGUUGCUACCAUUCAGUGAACAACUCGCGCUAUAACUCUUUUCAUUUAUUUCAUCUAAGUGCUUUUGUAUUUUAGUAUUAAGCAGUGUUUAAAUUCUUUUAUACAACCCCAUCAAUGUAUAAUAUACCAAUAACAAUCUGAUUUUUUUUCAUGGGAACGGAUUAAUCAUUUUCCCUUUAUUUCUUAUGGGAAAAAUUCCUUUGGUAUGCGCCCUGUUUGGUUUAAGUCCAAGGAUGUGGAAUGGGAUUAAGGACGAAUACCGAGGUACCACUGUAUUUUCUGCUUCGGUGAUAGACCUGACAUGUUAUCAAAUGUUCUUCGAUACUGUAACACCAGUGUAUACCUCUUAAAAAUAUAUUUUUCAGCUUUUACUAUCUCAGACUUUUUAAUCUCCCUAAGUAUGGCAGCCCAAAGAACAUAACUGACACUGGCUUUCGCAAGCAGGGGGAAUCUUUGGGCAGGUAGAGGUUUCUUUUCAUUUUGGGGAAGCUUGUGGAAUGACAUAGAAGGUGUUCUGGCUCCACCCAAAGCAGCUCUUUGUGUCCAUGCCCAUCUAUGCAGGAAGAUUCAUCAGCGAUGCUGGUAUAAUGCAAUUCGAUUUUUCUGUAUUGUCUUGUUUUUAGCCAAAAAGAAAAAUCGUGUAAGUACCACAUACUGCUCUCUGGAAGGUCGAGCAAGCUCACUGCAUGCAGUGACAUGAACAGCACUGCUCAAUGUCAGCCACUGUGAGCAAUUAACUUCUUGAACCCUAAAGAGGCUGAACAUCCAUUCCCAGUUUGCAUUUUACAGUGCCGGGCACCUCUGCCAAAAGAUGCCUUCACUGACUUUCCUAAAAUUAUAAUGUUUACAGUUUUAUUGAUAUGUAGUUUAGUGUUUGUAAACACAAGUCUUUUUUUCAUCCGUUGUUCCUCUGGAAACACAGGUAAUGGUUUGUAAUGCUUGUGUUGGUUACUGGGCAGAUGCUCGUGGUCUGGUGUUCAGUGUAGGGAUUAAAAAGUUGUGGGGAAAAGUCACAUCCAGCAAUAUCUAUAAUGUUCAAACAGCUGUUUUGUAUAAUUUAUUCUAGAACUUUAAAUAAAGUUUUAUUUUAAACCUUA